UUGGCCAAAUUCACCUUAUCUCGUACCAGAAACAAGUUGACAGCUGUUGGUUGCGACACCUAUGUAUUCUUUGAAGGUUACUCGGAGUCGGGACAAAGGUAUUCGACCGGAUGUGUAUCGUUUUGUAAUAAAACAACCGAUGUGACUAAUGGAUCUUGCUCUGGUACUGGCUGCUGUCUGCAAGAAAUCCCAGAAAGAGCAACGAGUUAUACCCUCAGUUUUUCUAGUUAUACAUACCAUGCCGAUAUAUUGAGUUUCAACCCUUGUAGCUAUGCAUUUGUUGUGGAGGAUGGAGCCUAUACCUUCACUAUCCCAGAUCUUUAUGGUUAUAAUAUGAGUUACAAGGAAUUCCCAUUGAUUCUCGAUUGGACAAUCGGGAAUCAAACUUGCAAAGAAGCUAAAAACGAACUAGAAAACUAUGUUUGCAAGGAAAAUAGUGCUUGCAUAGACGCAGAAAAUGGUUCUGGAUAUUUGUGCAAGUGUCUCGAUGGAUUCCAGGGUAACCCUUAGCUCUCUAAUGCUCGUCAUGCUUGUAUUUGGGACUUCGGCAAAGAAAGCUCACCAAACUGAAGCAAAAAUAUUUUCGCAAAAUGGUGGCUUUUUAUUGUGGGAACAACUUUCAAAGCGUGAAGAUUGCGGUGAAACAGCUAAAAUAUUCACAGCUGAAGAACUCAAAAAGGCAACAAACAACUACCGUGAAAGCAGAAUCCUAGGCCAAGGAGGUCAGGGAACUGUUUACAAAGGAAUAUUACCUGAUGGCAGGAACGUUGCCAUCAAAAAAUCCAUAAUAGGAGAUGAGAGCCAAGUUCACCAAUUCAUCAAUGAAGUAAUUGUGUUGGCCCAAAUCAAUCACAGGAAUGUGGUAAAACUGUUGGGAUGUUGUUUGGAAACACAAGUUCCUUUACUGGUUUAUGAAUAUACAAGAAAUGGAACCCUCUUUGACCACAUGCACAAUGCUGCUCAUCAUGCCCCUCCCAUACCAUGGGAAACUCGUUUGAAAAUAGCCACUGAAACUGCAGAAGCCCUUUCUUAUUUGCACUCAGCUGCAUCUCCUCCGAUUAUUCAUCGCGAUGUCAAGUUGACCAAUAUUCUCUUAGAUGACAAUUACAAUGCAAAAGUAUCGGACUUUGGUUGUUCAAGAUUGAUCCCUUCAGAUAAAGCACAAAUAACAACGCUUGUGCAGGGGACUCUGGGAUACUUGGAUCCGGAAAACUUGCAUACAAGUCAAUUGACUGAAAAGAGUGAUGUUUAUAGCUUUGGGGUUGUUCUCAUUGAGUUACUAACAGGACUAAAAGUGCUUUCUUUUGAAAGACCAGAAGCAGAGAGGAAUUUGGCUAUGUUCUUUGUUUCUGUGAUGAAAGAGGAGCGCUUGGGGGAUAUUCUUGAUGGACGAGUGGUGAACGAUAAGAACAUUGAGCAACUUAAGGAAGUGGCAAUUUUAGCUAGGAGAUGUGUGAGAGUGAAGGGAGAGGAAAGACCAACUAUGAAGGAAGUUGCCUCUGAAUUAGAAGGACUGCGUGCAAUGAAGAAACGGAAGUCUGGAAAAGAUUAUUUGCAGGAGGAAGAGGAGCAUGAACACUUACUUUAUGGCGUGUACAACGACAGACCUGGUUACGAAGGUUCUAGCAUAAACUCGAUAGGCUAUGACAGCAUUAACAACCCAGACAACUUUGAAAUUUAUGGUGGGCGAUGAUUAUAUUUAUAUUGUUACAACUUAUCAUCGUCUAAACUUUUGGGUGUCCAUCUUACUAUUUCUUUAUUCCUUUUUCGGUUUAUGAAGAUGCAUGAUCUAAUAUCGUCAGCAGAAUCGGUGUGAAUGUGAUAUAAGUAAUAACCGAUUUGAUCUAAACGUUGAACUCUAUAAUAUUUUGUCAUUUAUUUCUCAUUUCCUUGUGAAUUUCAAGUAAUGUUUUAUCCUGAUUUUUUGUUAGAUCUUUUCUUUUUUAUUCUUUUGUCCUUGUA